ACUCCUUCACUCUAAUAGAGUUCCUCUCAAAGGGCACUUUAUAUACUUGCUUCAUUCGGAUAGCAUCUCUUCUUAGAACACGGUCAAUUGUGGAGAGACUGCAUUGGUGGAUAUUGUGGACCAGUUGAUUGUCCUGUGUUAUUCUUUGCUGAAUUUCAUUGCUGAGUCAACAUUGGCAUGCUCUUGUUCAACUGAAAAAAGUCUUGUUCGUCCACCUGAAUGUUUUCUUACUUCAAUUCUGAAAAAGGUUUGGACAAGCAGGAACAUUUACUGUAGAGAUCUUGACCUUUGUCAAAUAAGACUACAUGGACUCUCAUUGUAAAAGUAGAAUGAUAUAGUUACUAACCGGUUUUCCCUCUGAAAUGUAGGGAUAAUUGAAGCCACUGUGGAUCUGUUUAUAUUGGGCUGAACUCUCUGGCCAGCUUCUCUCAGUGAGAGACCAUGAUUUAUGACAUGGUCAAUAAGUGUGGCUCUGAUUUCAUUUGAAACACUUCUUCUGUUUUCUCUUUCCACUAUACCAUUGUCCUCCAAUCUAUCCAUCUCUUCUACUCUUCCUACAUCCUCAGCUCUUCCUCCUACAUCUUCAGCUCUUCCUCCUACAUCUUCAGCUCUUCCUCCUACAUCUUCAGCUCUUCCUCCUACAUCUUCAGCUCUUCCUCCUACAUCUUCAGCUCUUCCUCCUACAUCUUCAGCUCUUCCUCCUACAUCUUCAGCUCUUCCUACAACAUCUUCAGCUCUUCCUACAACAUCUUCAGCUCUUCCUUCUACAUCUUUAGCUCUUCCUACAACAUCUUCAGCUCUUCCUUCUACAUCUUCAGCUCUUCCUACAACAUCUUCAGCUCUUCCUUCUACAUCUUCAGCUCUUCCUACAACAUCUUCAGCUCUUCCCCCUACAUCUUCAGCUCUUCCUCCUACAUCUUCAGCUCUUCCUUCUACAUCUUCAGCUCUUCCUUCUACAUCUUCAGCUCUUCCUUCUACAUCUUCAGCUCUUCCUCCUACAUCUUCAGCUCUUCCUUCUACAUCUUCAGCUCUUCCUUCUACAUCUUCAGCUCUUCCAACGUAAGACAGCUGUGUGAACAAUUAGGAAAUUGGCUUUUUCUGUGUUGAGUGGAUUACUAACUCAUCACAAGGUGUGCAACUGACUAUUACAAUUCCCAGAGUUUUGUUUGUUGUGUUUUGAAAAUGGUACAAAAAUCCUUGUGAUCUUUGUGAAGAACAAUUAAAAAGUUACAAAUGUUUUUCCUGGUAUAUUAAAGAUUUGGUUGGCUGUAUAAACUGCUGUGAUAAAAUCAGGGAUUUUUGUGCACAGUGUUUUGAGAAAAUUAUGCUUUUGAUUUGUGAUUUGUAUGAAAUGAAGGAGAAUUUACAAUCUGUUUAGGACAAGUGUACUGAUCACUGUUAACUGUUUUGAGAGCUGUUACCUGAGUUUAGAGAAAUGUACCAAACUGAGAAAAACUGUAAAAUAAGCCAGCAUAGGUUAAUUUUUAACAACCCAGUGGGUUCGGUUCAUCUCUGUUUGAUCCAACGAUUAACAUUGGGUUGAAAAUUUCACAACAUUCUUUACAGUGAAGACUAA